AUGAGCUCAAGGGCAUUAAGGAAAUUGCAAAAUGAUGAUGAACUGUUGGAAUCGAUCUUGCGUUCCAACAAUAGUUCUGCUUCUACAAGUAAGAAAUCAACUCCGAAACCGCAUGUUAAUAUCUUUGCUUUAAUGAACGAUAAUGAAGAUGAUGAUGAAGGUUCUGAUAAUACCAGUGAUAUCGCUGAAAAGGAACAAAUCGAUAAUGGGGUGUCAGAAACAGAAGCUCACGAAGGAGAAGACGGGGAUAAAAUGGUGAAGUUGCCUACGAAAUCACAGAAAAAGAAGAACAAAAAGAAGAACAAGACAAGCAAGAAAACAACCAACAUUGACACUGUAACAGCGAAUGAAGAUGAAAAUGACGAAGAAUUUGAUAAGUUGUUACAACAAUUCCAGCGUGAAAAUAUUAGGAAGAAUACAGCAAACGAUUUUGAACUUGGCAAUGUAGGUGCAUAUGAUGAUGAAGAUGAAUUCUUUACAGCAUCCGAAUCUGAAGACAUUGCUACCGUCACUCUUACUGAGCGAAUAGAAAAUGACCUUCGAAAGGAUAACGCUUUCUCACGAUUUCCAGUCUCCUACUUCAAAUAUGCUAAGAAGUUUUUCAAUGACGACUUCAAGAAGCUGGAUCCGCACUCGGAAUUUAAGUUACUGUUUGAUGAUAUUUCUGCGGAAGCACUUGAAGACAUCGAUGAGAUGUCAUCAACUUCCAUAUCUCCACAACAAUUAAAACAGAUUCAGCGUAUGAAGCGCCUCGUUAGAAAUUGGGGUGGUAAAGAUCAUAAAUCCGUUCCUAAUGGGCCUGGAUCAAGCCUGCAUAGAUUACAAUUUACCAAAGUAAGAAAUGAUUGGAUCCCAACUCAAAGAGGUGAACUUACAAUGAAAUCGUUAAACUUGGAGGAACUUGUUGAUUGGCAAUUAUGGCAAAGACCGAUCGAUUGGAAAGAUGUUAUUGAAGAAGAUGUUAAACGUUGGAAGUCUAAAAUUACAUUUUUCAAAUUCGAACCCUUAAACGAUGACAUAAAUAGAAAAGCUAUUACGGAAUUUUACCUAAGUGUUGUCUUACAUCCCGAUCACGAAGCAUUAAUAAAUUUGAUCGCUUCAAAAUAUCCAUACCAUGUGCCUGGUUUAUUACAAGUCGCAUUGAUCACCAUUAGACAGGGUGAUAAGUCAAACACUAAUGGGUUAUUACAAAGGGCACUCUUCGUAUUUGAUAGGGCAUUAAGGAGUAGUAUCAAUUUCGAUGGUACUUCUUGUCAAUUACCAUAUAUUUACUUUUACAAUAGACAAUUCUAUUUGGCUAUAUUUAGAUAUAUUUUGGCCUUGGCACAAAGGGGUGCUGUGGCAACUGCAAGUGAAUGGUGUAAAGUUUUAUGGUCAUUAAGUCCUUUAGAAGAUCCGCUGGGUUGUAGGUAUUUUAUGGAUCAUUAUUUGUUGUUGAAUAAUGAUUAUCAAUAUCUGAUAGAAUUAUCAAAAUCUCCACUGAUGAAUACGUAUAAACAAUGGAAUACAUUAGGUUUCUCCCUUGGUGUUGUAUUAAGUUACCUACAUCUUAAUGAAAAAGAUUUAGCACGGAAAGAACUUAUAAAAUGUUUCAAAAAUCAUCCACUAAAACUUGCCCAGUUGUUUCAAGAGAAGUUACUUGGAGACCCAUCUCUAAUAGCAAACAUGGACAUAUCCGAGCAAAAGGCUGAUAUCUUAGAAUCGAAAGCAUACAUGGCUAGAUUUCCUAUUUUAUGGAAAAAUGCCGAAGAUGUGUCAUUCUUACAUUCUGAGUUAACGAAGAUUCUACAUGAUCAUAAAACAGGUAAUUUGACAGUUGAAUUGGAUAAUAAUGCCGAAGAAGAUGAAACUGAAGACAUUACAAGCCCAUUCUUUAUUGAAGGCAUUCCAAUUAAUUUAUUAAGAUUUGCUAUCUUAUCUGAAGAAUCGUCGGUCAUGGCUGCAAUUCCUCCAUCAAUUUGGUCAGACUAUGAAGUGUUUGAAUUUGAUGUAUUACCUCCUACUCCAACUACUAAAGAAUCCAUUGAUGUCCUCGAAACGGUCAAAAGCUACAUCCAUGAGAAAGAUUUGGUCACAUCGCAAGCUGCAUUAAUGCAAGAUGAGGAUAUUCUAAAUCAAAUCAGACAACUUUCUCUUCAACAAUAUAUCCAAGAGAAUGAGACUGAGAAUAACCAAGGCGCAUGA